AUGCAUGGAGACGAACUGGUCGUGUGCGGACGCAACUUCGUUGGCCUAUUUCUCUGCAGCAGUCAAUACUCCCUUUGUGCUCGCCCCAUCUCUUGCUUUUUUGUUGAGAGCGCUUGCAUGGAUGCGCCCUGGGGCACGUCGGGAAGCAAGGAGGCUCGAUUCCAUGCACACAGGACAUGCGGAGGUCGGCCACAGCAUGGCAUGGCGACACAUUUGAGCCACAUCACAAAUCCGGCCCCCGACUUUGACCUGCAGCCGCAAGGGCAGAGAAUUGUCAUGUUUGAUAACUGCAACCAGUGA